UAUAUGUGGUAAUCUGUGUGCUGUGAGGAAAUCUAGCCUGUUCUGGUGGUUUCUCCCUAGUGUCCACAAAGAAAGAGGAUCCAGCUGUCAUCAGUGCUCGUUGCACCAUGCCAGGAGUCGCUACAACCAUAACAGAUCUGAACCCUGAAUGUCUGCUGCAUUUGUUUUCCUUCCUGGAUAAGGACAGUAAGAAAUGCCUGUCACAGACAUGUCACAAGUUGAUGGACAUUUUCCAGGAGCCUUCACUAUGGAAGCUGCUAAAUUUCAGCUCCCCAUCCGAAUUGACAAAGAAGAAUUUUGUUUUGGGGCCAGCUCUGAAAUCGCUGUCGAUUUGCUGGUAUUCCAGCAGGGUAAAGGUCUGCAACAUUGAAGACUGCGUGAAGACCACACUCCAAAAAUCCAUGUGCAGCCACCAUCUCAAUACAGUCAGCGACUUCCUGCUCCAGGUCUCCAAGAGGUGCCCAAAUCUUCGGACGUUGACACUAUCAGGCUGUGCCCAUGUGACAGAUGAGCCUCUAAUCCAGAUCAUAAAACUCUGCCCAGAUCUUCAAAGUCUAAAGCUGGAGAACUGCUCUGGGGUAACCAAUAGGCUGCUGGCUUUGGUUCCCUUGUUCUGUAAACGACUUCACACUCUACAUUUAAACUUCUGCAGAAACCUAACAAAAAAAGGCCUCUUAUUUGUGAAACAAGGAUGUCCGGGGUUAACUUUACAGGCCGAUCGGAGUGCAGACAUGUUCACUGACAGGUUACCUAGUGACAGUACUCCUAUAAAGAGGAUACCAAGAAGACUUGUACUAAAUGUGGACUGGCUGGAAGCAUAGU